CGCCGACGAAAGCCCAGCCCUCUGUGGUGUUGCCAUUCGGUUCUCUGUGCUGUGUGGGUGCCAUGGGGGAUUCGUAGCCGAGUGAGUGGUGGAACGAAUUGAUUUCCCGCAUCUCCAUGCUUUAGAGGGGACCGUAGUUGCCAUCGACCAGUACAUGAUUCCGGCAACAUGGCACUCCUGAUCUUCGGGAAACUCACCGCGUGCCACUUGCUUCUGGUGCUUCUGCUUCACCGACCACCUGUGCUGAUCGCUAAGAAUUUCGAAGCCGCCUUCCAAGGAGAAUGCAGAGAGGAUAGUCCUUGUCAACACCUGUGUUUCGACCUUCACGAUGGAACCUUUGAAUGUGCCUGUAAAGAUGGCUUCACGCUGUCUGUGAAUGGAUACAGUUGCAUCGAAAACUCCAAGUUACGAGAGAGAGACUGGGGAAAUGCAUCUCUCUGGAUGGAGAAUAUGACUUCAUCCGAAGAUUUUUUUAAUUCAGAAGACAUAGAUUCUAUGCCUUCUUUACAUACGCUGAAUGACGGAAGUCCUGAAAGUCGUGCCUAUCAUCAGAAAGAUGGUGUUGAAAUCAAUUUUGAAACUCUAGACAAGGAAUUUAAGAGAAGGACACACCAUCGACCCGUCUCUUACGAGCAUCUUCAUGAGAACUCUGCUAGUCGCUCACUCAAUUCCUUCAAUGUUCACCCACAGGAACAUGUGAUUCCAAAGACUGUCAGUCAUGGUGAUGUCUUUCAACCAUUGAACACUAUUGCUGUGUCGACACCAUCUGUGCAUCAAGUUUUUCACACCUGCUCUGAAUUGCAAUGCGAGCAUGGGGGAAAUUGUGUACUUGAUGGAACAUCAAAACAAACAGUGCGAUGUAAGUGCCCGCUGGGUUUCGGAGGAACAUUUUGUGAGCAAGUGGUAGAAGCAAAGUAUCCACGGUUCCAUGAAGAUUCCUAUAUCGCCCUUCCAAUCCUGCGAGACGCCCAUAAAUCUAUGCAAGUGACACUCGAAUUCCGGCCUGAAGCUAAUGAUGGAUUGAUUCUAUACAGCGGUGAGAAACUGGAUCUACGAGGCGAUUUUAUAUCGAUUUCUUUAAACAAAGGUUUCAUUGAAUUCCGAUUCGAUUGCGGCAUGGGUGAAGGUGUCCUUAUUAGCGAUCAACCUAUUGUACUUCGGUCUUGGAAUACGUUAACAAUCUACAGAGAUAGAUGGGAUGCUUGGAUGCAAUUAAACAGCGGAACUCAAGUUCAAGGCAGAUCCAAGGGCUUAUUUUCAAGAAUUACUUUUCGAUUAAACUUGUAUAUCGGAGGCUCACCUAAUAUUAGUUUGGUAGCAGAUCGAACUCAAGUUCAGUCCAGCUUCAAAGGAUGCUUGCGGCAUUUAGCCAUCAACCGUCACGUCUAUGAUUUCCGACCCAGCCCAAGAGGAGACGCUCUGGAAGGAAAUGACAUAGAUGAAUGCAGCGCAGAUGUGUGCAGUAAAGUGACAUGUUUAAAUGGAGGCCAAUGCGUAGCGGCGAGUCCUGAUUAUGGAGUAUGCCUGUGUCCUUUGGGUUUUAUAGGAGACAAAUGUGAAUCAGCAAUGGAGUUGAUUGUUCCACUCUUCAAUGGUUCUUCGUAUCUUCAGUAUCCUGGUCUAAGUAACACCGUUCUCUCUUUCAUUGAACUUCAGAUUGUCUUCAAACCAUACAGACCAAAUGGUGUGUUGUUCUACAAUGGCUAUAAAAUGGAUGGCACAGGAGAUUUUAUAACUCUUAAUUUAGUAAACGGCUAUUUGGAAUUCAGAUUUGACCUGGGGACAGGUGCUGCUGUGAUCAGGAGUGUAGAACCUUUAGCUGUCGGAGUGUGGCACACGGUUUUUAUUUCCCGUACUGGGCGCGAUGGGAUUCUAGAAGUUGAUGACCAACCUAAAGUAGAGGGUACUUCUCCAGGAGCCUUCACUCAAUUAUCGCUUCCUCUGAAUAUGUACAUUGGAGGAGUUCAUGAUGCAAGAGAUGUAGCUCGGAAAGCUUCCAUUACAGAAUCUUUUACAGGCUGCAUUCAAAAGGUUGUUAUCAACGGAAAACCUCUGAAACUUGUAGAUGAUGCAUUAGCAGGAAUUAAUGUUGCCAACUGCCUUCAUUCGUGCGUUGAAGAACCAUGCAAGAAUGGAGGUCACUGUGAACCGAAAAUGGCAUACUAUUCUUGUCACUGUCAUUUAGGAUAUGCUGGAAAUAACUGCGAAAAAGAAGUUACAGAAAUGAUUGCAGAGCCCAUGUUCACAGGAGCAAGUUAUCUCCACUAUUUGGAUGAAAAUGUUGUUAAGAGAAUUCGUGGGAAUAAACUUGACAUUAAACUGAAAUUCCGUUCUUUUGGCCCAAGUGGAUUACUUCUUUGGUCCGGGAAAAAAGAAAUGUCUGCAUCAUCUGACUAUUUAUCAUUAGGUUUAAAAGAAGGAUAUUUACAUUUUCAAUAUAAUCUUGGUUCUGGAGAAAUAAUUAUUGUUUACAACACUACAAGAGUAGAUGAUGGCAAGUGGCACACGGUUAAAGUUACGAGAGUUGAGCAAGAGGGGUCUCUGAUCGUUGACAAUGGGAUUGUAGCUAAAGGAACAUCACCAGGAAUACUUAAUCAACUCAAUGUCAACAAUGGAUUAUAUUUAGGUGGCAUGGAAAGCAUAGCAAGUUUAAGUAUGAACAAAUACCACUCAGGUCUUGUAGGCUGCCUUGCAAAUGUGACUUUAUCUACAAAUUAUCACAUUCGUCUCAUCACUCACGCUACUACUGGGAUCAACAUACAGGCGUGUCUCUAGAGUACAAAACUAAACGUACGACUGUUUUCCUACUAGAGUCAACACAUGAUAUAGUAGGAUACAUUUCCUAUGAAUAGUAGGCCCACAUGUGUAGCCAAAACUGCCCACAGUUGAGAAUUCACUGCUGUCACCGAACCAUUCUAGCAGAAUUCUGUAGUUUGUGUUCACAUAUACAUGUGCUACAAGGAAGAUUUUAUACGGCUAAUCCUUGAUUGUGACCCCAUGUGUUGUGCUAGUGCCUUCAGUGAGCAGCAAGAUAUGUUUCUGCACCUGUCAUUCUACCACUCUCAUACUUUUUAGUACAAGCCCCUUCAGAAACAUGAUUUGUUAGCUCAAGUUUGAUUCGCAUAGUUACCGUUAUAAUGAAUAAUGGCGUUGUUUUGAAUUGGAUAUUGUCAAUAUACCUCAAUAUCAAGAUGGGAGCAAGUUGACGAUAUGAGAAACCGUGUCUGUCUAACAUACAUAUAUCAUUCUUUAAGUAUGCUGUAAGGCCGGUCUACUGCACAGCAACCUCUCUACGGUGGCGUAACUAACUGGCCAUUCGGCCUAUUAUAAGGACAGGGCCACUAUUUUUUGCGAGCUGAGAACUCAAAUUUCAUUUCUUUAGACACAGCAAGAUGGAUACGAAUGGGGAAAAUAUUGUGAUUAGAUUCUAUUUUGAAAGUGAAUCUUCCGUUUUCAUGAGUUUGUCUAGUCAUUUAUACUAUUCAAGAAUUUUUACCACUUCAUUUCUGUUUGUUCUUAAGUACUGAAAUGCGCUAAAAAAUUGAUUUAUCAUCCAGUUAGAAAAAAUUGUUCAUUUUAGUAGUUUUUUAGAAAGUGUAUCAAUGCUGGAGGGAGCUAAACCGGUUUAAUCAUCUCUAGCUAAAUUUAUAGCGCUCGAAAUAUUCCUUUCACUUUCUUUUUAAUAUUUCAACACAUUUUUUUCAACACCAGAUUUCACAAGGAAAAAAAAAAUGAAAUUUCCUGAAAACAAAAUGGCUUGCCGUUUUUGCUAUUCUUUUAUUGAUUAAAAAUGUAACCAAAUUUAGUUACCUGUGAAGGUGCCUGCAUCAAAAAGUUAUUGUAAUUUUUUUUUCUAAAUCAUUAAAAAACGAAGUAUUUUCGUAGAUGGUAUCAUUUAGUAAUUAUCUAAACUGUUUUAAUUAAAAUAAAAAAGGCUUAGAAUAAGAAAGAAGUGCGAUAAUAAGAGGAUUUUGAAUGGUUCAUAUAAAUUUGGAGACAUACUUGUCUUAAAACUUGUGGUAUAAGCUCCCUCUGCCUUAGUUACGCCACUGAUGCCUCUACAUACUUAUCAAAAGGUAAUUCUUGUAGAAGUACUGAAGGGAUUUAUUUACCUUUGAAAAAUGGGGAAGCAUUCCCUUACAUAAUUACUUUAUAUUGAUAUGUAUUCCUCAGUCAUGAGUGUGUGUUAGAUAGCGUUUAUACUUCACGAUGGGCCCAAUCCUGUAAGGUGCACUUUCACUUAGAUGUUUUAUGUAGAUCAAAAACUGAGCCUCCAAACUAUGAACUGUUUCAAUCCUGAUUUAAAAGUGUAAAUACAAAUUCAUUAUUUCAGUGCGACUGUAAUUACACCUUUCUUAUGGAAUUAUAUUUUCAACUUUUUCAAGGGUUAUAAACAACUUUGGAUUUAGUUACAUUUAGUUCACUUAAAAUAUGAGAGAGAUUUCAAAUGUUCAAUGAAUAUGAGACCAAAAGUAAUAUUUGAUAAAUGUAUAUAGAGAACGUAACUCUAUCUUAAGACAUAUAUGUGCAUAUGUUUAAUGCGCAUGUGAAUUCUGUGUGUGAGCGUGAAAGGGAGUGUGUGUGUGAAUAUUUGUUUGAAUGUACGAUGUAGAAAGCUACAUAAGUAAAAUUGUAGUUUAUUCAAUGGCGAAACAUCUAAUGUUAAGAAAGAUAUUGUAGUUUAAGUUGAUUUAACUUCAUUUUAGAUUGAGAAAAGAGUUCUUAAUUUAAAUAAUGCAUAUCCUUCAUAAACAGCAUAGAGAUUAAAAUGUUGUGCAAGCUAUUUUAUGGCAUAGAGAUUGUGAUAUGUUUUAAUGGAAUAUGUAACACAUCUCACUCCUAGAUAACUAAAGUGGUAAUUUUCUAAAUUUGUAUUUUGUUACAAAAUUUGAAUGUCAUAUGAUAAAUGAAUAUUAUGUUAUAUGUAUGCUAUUUUAAGAUAUUUUAAAUAUAAAAGCUUCAUUUUUUUACCAUUUCAUACAAUCAAAAUUCUGCUUGAUAUAUUUGAGAGAAAUUACUUAUAGAGAAACUUCUGUAACAUAAAAAAUUUGUUUGCAAAGAAAUCUUAUUGGUACUUAUAAUUUAUUUAUUCUUUUAUAUAAAUAUAGAAUAAAUAAUUAAAAAAAUAUUUUAAUAUUCUUUCUUAGCCUACUAUUAAUAUAAGUAUGGAAAAUGGCUGUGAACACUGGAAACAUGCUCGUGCUCUGAUGCUUAUAUUAUUACAUGAAUAGUCUAGAUUUAAUAUAAACACAUUUUAUUCACAUAAUUCUCAUUAGUUGUAACUGAUUGCUUUUACUUUGUUAAAGCAAAUCAUGUUGAAAGACUUUCAAAAAUCCAAAGAAAUAUUAUUAAUAAUAAAAUUGAUGUGCAAGUAUUAAGUUUCU